UGUAUUGGUAAUUUCAUUACAAACUUUCACCAAUGGUUGAUCUCAGAUGCGUUUUUGAAUUCGGCAUCAUAAUGGCCCAAUUAGAUGAAUGACAGAAAACACAUGCAUUGGGACUAAGUGAGACGCUGCUGCAUCUUGAAGAGUACAAAAGUAGGGAGACUUUAUUAAUAUUCCCAACAAAUCUCGAAGUCUCCGGAGAAACAGCAGAGAAGUCAGGAAAGAUGGACACGGCGGAAAAGGCUUUACUCGCCGGAGGAGAAGAAGAACAACUCAACACGAGAGAUGGGUUUCUCCGGGAGAUGAAGAGGCUCAGUUACAUAGCAGGUCCCAUGAUUGCAGUGAACUCUUCCAUGUACUUUCUUCAAGUCAUAUCGAUCAUGAUGGUUGGUCAUCUAGGUGAGAUUUACCUCUCAAGCACUGCCAUCGCCGUUUCUUUCUGCAGCGUCACCGGCUUUAGCCUCGUCUUUGGAUUGGCUAGUGCAUUGGAGACUUUAUGUGGUCAAGCUAAUGGAGCUAAGCAGUUCGAGAAGCUUGGAGAACAUACUUACACCGGGAUCUUCUCUCUGUUCAUUGUCUCUAUCCCUUUGUCUGUUCUCUGGAGUUACAUGGGUGAGAUACUUUCUUUCAUCGGACAAGACCCUCUUGUUUCUCAAGAAGCAGGGAAGUUCGCCACUCGGCUCGUACCAGCUCUCUUUGCUUACGCAACACUCCAGCCGCUUGUUAGGUUUUUCCAAGCGCAGAGUUUGGUUUUGCCUUUGAUUAUGAGCUCAAUGUCAGCUCUGUGUUGCCAUGUUGUUCUCUGCUGGAGCUUGGUUUUCAAGUUUGGGCUUGGAAGCUUAGGUGCAGCUAUUGCCAUCAGUGUUUCUUACUGGCUAAACGCGACUGUGCUUGGAUUGUAUAUGACGUUUUCUUCUAGCUGUAGCAAGACCCGUGGGAGGAUCUCCAUGAGUGUUUUUAAAGGAAUGAGGGAGUUUUUCCGGUUUGGUAUCCCAUCUGCUUCUAUGAUCUGCCUUGAGUGGUGGUCAUUCGAGUUUCUUGUCAUGCUCUCUGGGAUUCUACCAAAUCCAAAGCUAGAAACCUCUGUUCUCUCAGUGUGUCUAUCAACAAUCUCCUCCUUGUACCAAAUACCAGAGAGUCUAGGCGCAGCAGCAAGUACAAGAGUUGCAAACGAAUUAGGAGCUGGAAACCCUAAAAAAGCUCGAAUGGCGGUUUACACGGUGAUGAUUAUAACAGGAGUAGAAUCACUAAUGGUGAGUGCAAUAGUCUUUGCUGCAAGAAACGUAUUUGGUUACCUAUUCAGCUCUGAAACCGAAGUUGUGGAUUAUGUGAGAACAAUGGCUCCUCUAGUUUCUUUAUCAGUCAUAUUCGAUGCUCUUCACGCAGUUCUUUCAGGUGUGGCUAGAGGAUCAGGGAGGCAAGAUAUUGGAGCAUAUGUAAACCUAGCUGCAUACUAUCUCUUUGGAAUACCAACUGCUAUUGUAUUAGGUUUUAGGUUUAAAAUGAGAGGAAGAGGGCUCUGGAUCGGGAUUACAGUUGGGUCUUGUUUACAAGCUGUGUUGCUUGGUCUUAUCGUCAGCCUCACCAACUGGAAACAUCAGGCGAGAAAGGCAAGAGAAAGACUGAUGGGUGAAGAGUUUGGAGAUGACGAACAUGUAGACUUGAUCAGUUAAAAUCAAAUGACCUUUUCGAUCAGUUUCUCAUUUAAUGUUGCGAUUUUAUUUUCAGUGUUGUUGUUUUCUAUAAUAGUAAUGAGGAACUGCAUGUGCGUAUUCAUGUACGUACGUGCACGUGAGUUUGGCCUCAUUUUUUUCUUUUCCUUAUCAAAGGUUAAUAAUCAUUAAUCGAACAAUA